AACCAACGACUGAAGCACUUUAGCGCGUGCAGUACGGCGCGCGUUCGAUUUACAUGCUCGUAAAAUUCAUAACAAGUACAAUUUUUCGUGCGGCGGCGGCGGCGGUGAGUACGCGUUUCCCCGCAGUUGGCCGCGGCGACGGUCUGGUUACGAAAAUAAAAAAAUAAAACGUUUUAAAUACUAAUAAUAAUAAAAACACUGUUACCGACGCAGAAGCGCGCGCGCAAUCGUCGCCGGACGUUUGACCAGGCCGGAUCGCGAAGUCUCGAGCGGUGCCGUCGCACCGCGGUGUCCGUCUGCGCCAUCAUCGUUUCCGUCGGUUCCGCGGUCGUCGCCUCCGUCAUCCCUAGCGCCGACCCGGACCGCACACGUGCGCAUUCGCCUCCGUUGCCGCAACUUUAAGAUGAUGUUCUCGCGUCGUUGAGAUUUUCGGCAAGCGAAUAACGGGUGUUUCUGGUAGGGGAUGGGAUAAUAGGAUUUUUUCGGCAAAUAUUUUUUUCCAUGUGGCAGCAUGUCGAAAACGGCACGCCAACAGCACGAUGUGGCCUCACAUACGGAAAACAGAGAGCGUUGCAGAGCUUAAGAUGAAAUUCACCGGUAAUCAAAAUGUCAAAAACGGCAUUGGGGUUUCGGCCAAAGCAACUAGGACGCCGCAGAUGAGCACAGCUAUGAGAAAGGAGAUGGUUACCAAAAACAGGACAAAACAGAAUAUUUUAGCUGUAAACACAAAAAAAAUGAUCAAAGAUCCAGUCGAAGAUUUGUCGCUGACGAGCAAAAACUCGAGUAGAGUUAAAGACCUGAUAAAAAAGCUAAAUGAAGGUUCUCAACAAUCUGGUACACAAAAGAAAACUGGACCCGUUUGUAAGAAUGGCGCCUCCUCAGAAACAGACUCACCAAAACCUACUGACCGAAUCACUAACGCUAAGGUACAAAAAGUAUUAUCGAAUUCAACGAAAACAACCGUCCAAGAUGUUUUAGACGUACGGAAAAAAUCCGUAGAAGUCAGUAACCGCGUGGGAGGAAACACGGCGAAUUCAACCGUCUUAAACAAGGAAAAUCAAUUGCCUCAGAUGGUGGACCUGGAAACUAUGUAUUCAUUACUAUCUGAAAAACAUUCAGAAUUGCUGCGCGCAUUUAAUUGCAUGCAAGUGCAACAGCUCAAAGAAUCAACGUUGCGCAAAGAUAAACGAGAAAUCCAACGAUUGUCUAAAAUAAAUUGUGACCUCUUGACUGAUAUAGACAAAUUGCAAACUCAACUCAAAGAGACGACAGAACACAAUGAACUGCUUGAGUUCAGACUUUUAGAAUUGGAAGAUAUUGAAACAACGACUAAACUGAAAAGUCAAAACCGUGAAACCACCGAAGACAUGAGCGACUCCGGUGUUAUGUCAUUAGCUACCAGCGACGAUUUUUGUAGUGACGGCGACCAACAUGAAAACGAACUGGAUGUAAGACUAUGUGAUAAUAUCAAACAACGACUGAUGGAGAUGUACAACAGUAUAUGUUACUGCGUAGAAGAUAGAUCGACAAUUAAUCAAGUACUAGCACUCAUAAGGCAUUUCGAGUGCCGUUUAACAGACGUAAAUCAAAAUGACCGCCAUAAGCAGACGUCGUACCCAGAUUGCCUUCAAGAAAGUGGUAUUUUCGAAGAAGAUAUCUAUUCGGAAACCGUAUCAGAAGCAACUCAAACUGAGAGUCCCAUUGAAAAAACGAUAGAUAUCCUAUCUACCGAUUUAACCGAAGAGCUUAGAAAAUUAUCAAGAAUUCGUGAAAAAAUCGAAGAACGAAAAGUCCCAUUAGUAGACGAUCGAUUUGCUAAGGAACUGUCGUUUUACAAGGAACACUGGCGAACUUUAAAGAGAAAAGUCGAAGCUUACGAGAGCACGGAAGACGAAAGAUUGAAACUUUUAACAGCAUCCAUAGAUAGAGAAUCAAGACUGUCCAGUGAAGUAAAGAAUUUAUAUAAUACUAUAGAUAAACUAAAAGAACAAAAUCGAUUGUUAGAAGAAGAAAAGUGCGAAUUUGAAGAAGCAGAAAAUGAUACCCGACUUAGAUGCCAGAAGUUGGAAAAUAAAUAUAUGACAUUAGCUGAGAAAAAGAAUACACUACAAUCCGAAUUAGUGAGCAAGGCUGAAGAAAUCGAAGCACUUCGCCAAGAAUUAUCUGAAGUGGACGCUAAGAAAUGCGAAGCCCGUAAACACGCAGCCUCGAUGGAAGCAUUGGUCAACAAAUAUGAGCAGCGGAAUUUCGAGCUCGAAGAGUCUGAAAUGGAAACCAAAUGUAAACUACAGAUUUUGGAAAAUGCCUGGCCAGCAGUAGUGUUAUGGAAUAUAUGGCGUAUCGUGUGUAAACAUUAUCGUAAACCCAGACCUACGAAAACCGUUGAGUAUAAGGAAUCUGCAAAGAUGGAUGUAGAUUAUUUAGAGAAAUUGCGGAUCAUGACCAAAGAACGUAUGGAAAUGGAGAAACGGAUCCAAGAUCUCGAGUUCAAAGAUAAUGUUUAUCAACAGACAUUACAACAAGCCGAUAACAUUUUGGCCAAUGUUGAGGAAGGGUAUAAGCGUCAAAUUGAGGAGUUAAACUCGGAAUUGGCAGAAAAACAAAAGAAAUUAUUAGAUCGGGAGAAUAGAAUGCGGUUAUCUGCCGAUUCCAGGGAUAGGGAACCUGAACUUUUAGAUAGAAUACAUGGUCUCGAAACUGAGGUACGAGAUUUGGUGCAUAAACUUCAAUCUAAAGACGUAGAAAAACAGUCAUGGGUUCGUCGUGAAACACAACUCAGAAACGAUAUGGAACAAUUCGUCAACGAAGUGUGCCAAAUUAAAUCAGAAAAUGCAGUACUUAGAAAUCAAUUGGACUGCGAGAGAAUGAAAUUUAAAGAUCUACAGAAAGAUAUAAAUUUUAAACAGUCUGUUUACGCAGAGCUUGAAGAGAAGUAUAAUGUUGAAGCCAAAAAUUACCAGUCUACUAUACUAAAAUUGUCGAAACAAAUUGACGAAUAUGACGUUACAAAUGGAGAACUUAAAGAAGAAGUUGAAACUCUUGAGGCACACGUUAAACUUUUACGAAAUGCACUGACAAAAGAAAAGGAAAUCAAAGAGAAUAUAACUGUCGAACUGAACCAAGAAUUGUCUCGAAAACAAGAAAUAAUUGAUAGCAUGGAAAGGCACAUGUCAUACAACGGAUCCAAAAAUGCUGCCGAGGAACUACAAUGCCAAAACUUAAAUGCUAACAAUGUUGGAAAAUUGAACUUGGAACAAAUCAACGAUCAAAAUCAACUCGUCGCAAUAACAUCGCUCCAGUUAUCAAACCUUCAACAACUAAAAACGUGUGACGCUUGUUUCAAACAUUUCGAGCCACUCUUACACAAAAUCAUGGAAAACUUUAACGAUGUAAUCAUCACGUUGGACUCAAACGGCAAUCACGAUGUCUCGCGACUUCCAGCCGACACGACCAACGAUUGUACAAACUUUAAAAACUCUGUACAAUAUACAGUUCCUCUGAAGAUAAAAGAAACAGUUUGUCACCUUACCAAACAAGCGGCCAUGCUGGAAGCCAAAAACGUUGAAAAAAACAAAAUAAUUAUGACGUUAGCCGACGAACUGCUGCACUUGUCUGAACACGACAAGUGGAAUCGUCGAUUAGAGUUCACAAAAGGUCUCAGUUCCACACCGUCCAUUCGAUACGCUCCCGACUUCAAUUGCACGACCGUGGAGAAAUAUUUGAACGGUGGUAAUGUCGAGUGUACUCUGGACGAAAAGAGUGAUGACCGGAAAUACCUGUGCCUUAUCGGACCGGAGAACCCCAUCGGUCUGCACGUGGUCAGGCAGAUCGGACCGGACGGCAUCAUUCUGGCGUGGAAAUCGCCGCAACCCAACACCAUAGGCUCGUUUGAGUUGUUCCUGAACGGGAAAUUUGUGCAGAGGAUCGAGAGUCCAAAACGCUCAACGGCCGUGUUGUGUCCUGUCAAUCUACAGGAACCACUAACGAUAACGAUGAACGUGAUAAAGGACAACGGUGACACGCUGCCGCCCAUCACCGUGCACCAUCCAUUCGUCAUAUGAUCGCGCGUGCCCGUCACUUCUCUAGUCUUCAGCAAUUUAACUGCGAAACUCAAUCAAAACCAUUAUUCGGUGUAACAUACAACUUGUACAUAUAAUACUAUACAUAUAUUUAUAAUGAUGUAACGACCCGUUGGUCACGUCGACAUUUUGUAUUUUGUUUAACUUUUAAUAUUUUAUACACACGGACAUAAAACGUGAAACGAAAUUAUAUUUUUUUUU